AUGCUUGCCUACGCGGUGCAGGAUGCCACUGUGGUGGAUGUGGAGAAGAGAAGAAACCCUUCCAAGCAUUAUGUCUACAUCAUCAAUGUGACUUGGUCUGAUUCCACCUCCCAGACUAUCUACAGGAGAUACAGCAAGUUCUUUGACCUGCAGAUGCAACUUCUGGAUAAAUUCCCCAUCGAAGGUGGUCAGAAGGAUCCCAAGCAAAGAAUCAUCCCCUUCCUCCCAGGUAAGAUCCUAUUCCGGAGGAGUCACAUUCGAGAUGUAGCUGUGAAGAGACUGAAGCCCAUUGAUGAAUAUUGCAGGGCCCUUACCAAUCUUCCACCUAUAAGUCAAUGCACAGAAGUGGCACAGUGGGUAGAUGCCAGACCUGAUGAUCUGAUGCCUCAAAAAGAGAAACACAUACAUGAAAAGAAAGGAGGUGGUGCGGACGUGAACUCGGAGCCCAUGAUCCUGGAGCAGUACGUGGUGGUGUCCAACUAUAAGAAGCAGGAGAACGCCGAACUGAGCCUGCAGGCCGGCGAGGUGGUGGAUGUCAUCGAGAAGAACGAGAGCGGUUGGUGGUUUGUGAGCACAUCUGAAGAGCAAGGUUGGGUCCCAGCCACAUACCUAGAAUCCCAGAAUGGUACUCGGGAUGACUCAGAGAUCAACACCUCCAAAGCUGGGGAAGAAGAGAAGUAUGUCACCGUGCAGCCGUACACCAGCCAGAGCAAGGACGAGAUUGGGUUUGAGAAGGGAGUCACCGUGGAGGUGAUCCAGAAGAACCUCGAAGGAUGGUGGUACAUCAGGUACCUGGGGAAAGAGGGCUGGGCACCGGCAUCCUACCUGAAAAAAGCCAAGGAUGACCUCCCCACUCGGAAGAAGAACCUGACAGGUCCUGUUGAGAUCAUCGGCAACAUCAUGGAGAUCAGCAACUUGUUGAACAAGAAGGCAUCUGUUGACAAGGAGGCACCGGCUGACAGCGAGGGUCCCGAGGCGCCCGUCACCAAGAAGGAGAUCAGCCUGCCCAUCCUCUGUAGCACUGCCAAUGGCAACACCACGGGCACUCCGGAGAAGCCUGGCUCCAAGCUGGCACAGGGGUCCCCGGCUGUGGCCAGGAUCGCACCCCAGCGGGCACAGAUCAGUUCCCCAAAUCUAAGGACAAGGCCCCCGCCACGCAGAGAAUCCAGUCUGGGGUUCCAGCUACCCAAGCCACCAGAACCCCCUUCAGUAGAGGUUGAGUACUACACCAUCGCCGAGUUCCAGUCCUGCAUCUCUGAUGGCAUCAGUUUCCGUGGUGGACAGAAGGCAGAGGUCAUUGAUAAAAAUUCAGGUGGCUGGUGGUAUGUGCAAAUCGGAGAGAAGGAGGGCUGGGCCCCUGCAUCAUAUAUCGACAAGAGGAAAAAACCAAACCUGAACCGGCGUACCAGUACUCUGACACGGCCUAAAGUUCCUCCCCCCGCUCCCCCUAGCAAACCCAAAGAGGCUGAGGAGGGGUCAUCCGGCACCGUGGAGAGUCAGGACUCCCCACUGAAACCCAAAUAUGAGGAGCCAGAAUAUGAUAUUCCCGCGUUUGGCUUUGACUCUGAGUCGGAGUUAGGAGAGGCUCCUGGAGAAGACAGUUCUGGGGAGAAACGCUCCUACCAGCCCCGCCGAUCAUCUCCAGCAUCUUCCCUGCAGAGGGCCAAGUUUAAGGUGGGUGAGUCAUCCGAGGAUGUGGCCCUGGAGGAGGAGACCAUCUAUGAGAAUGAGGGAUUCCAACCAUAUGUGGAAGAAGCCAAGGAAUCCAGUGGGGAGGCUGACUCUCCCAGGGGCUCCUUGCUUUCACUCAACAAAAGAAGCUCACCCAAAUCCAAUUCCCCCAAGUCAUCCUUUAUAAAAUUUAAGGCAGAAAAAAAUACUCAGCCAGAGUUGGGGAAGAACCACUCCACUGCCUCUUUCUCUUCUUCAGUGACCAUCAAUACCACCUGCUCCUCCUCUUCCUCCUCUUCCUCCUCCUCCUUCUCCAAGAAUGCAGACAUGAAACCCAGAUCAGCCUCCGAUGCCGGGUUGAGGAGCCCCCCCAAGGGCAGUGUGAAAGAGAUAGCUGGGCAGACCCUUUCCUCCAGAGCUAAGCCAUCAGUCCGACCCAAACCCUUCCUAAGUAAAGGAGAAUCCCAGAGCCAAGAUAAGAUGGACAUUAGCAGCCUCCGGCGUCAACUGAGGCCCACUGGACAGCUUCGGGGAGGUCUCAAGGGUUCAAAGAGUGAAGACUCUGAAACUCUUCCCCAGACAGCAUCCCAGGGACCUGAGGAGGGGUCUAGGAGAGGUUCCGCCGACUUCAUCACUCCUCCCACUCAUACUCACCCUUCCCCCAACAACUGGACCAAGAGAGAUCAAGAAAAGGAGGUUCAGGGCUCCUCCUAUGUAACGUCUGAUGCCUACCAGAAGGUCCAAGAUUCCGAGAUCAGCUUCCCCGCCGGGGUGGAGGUGGAAGUCUUAGAAAAGCAGGAGAGUGGUUGGUGGUACGUGAGGUUUGGAGAACUAGAGGGCUGGGCCCCUUCCCAUUAUCUGGUCCUUGGAGAAAACGAGCAGCUGGAAUCUUCCACAAAGGAUCUGGACUUUACUUCUACCAAGACCAAGAGGAAUGAAAGUAAAUCAGACAGCCUGGAAAAGAUCGAGAAGAGGGUUCAAGCUCUGAACACGGUUAACCAAAGCAAAAGAAUCACGCCGCCCAUCCCGUCGAAACCCCCCGGAGGCUUCUCCAAGACCUCUGGACUAAGCAAUGGGCCGGUCAAGAUGAGGAACGGCGUGAGGCAGGUGGCUGUAAGACCACAGUCGGUGUUUGUGUCCCCACCCCCCAAGGACAACAACCUCUCGUGUGCCCUGCGGAGGAACGAGUCCCUCACCGCCACGGACAGCCUCCGCGCCGUUCGGAGGAAUUCGUCCUUCAGCGCCGCUCGCACAGCGGCCGCAGAGGCCAAGAGCAGGCUGGUAGAGCGGGCGGCGAGCGAGGGCUCGGACACGUCGCUGCUGCCCACCCAGCGGAACGGCAUCCCUAUAUCCACCGUCCGGCCCAAACCCAUCGAGAAGUCUCAGUUCAUACACAACAACCUCAAAGAUGUGUACGUCUCCAUUGCAGACUAUGAGGGGGAUGAAGAGACUGCGGGAUUCCAGGAGGGGGUGUCCAUGGAAGUGCUGGAGAGGAAUCCAAACGGCUGGUGGUACUGUCAGAUCUUAGACAGCAUGAAGCCCUUCAAAGGAUGGGUGCCUUCCAACUAUCUAGAAAAAAAGAACUAACAGUGGACGGGGAACUUAUCUGGGCUGUAAUUUUGCUUGCUUCGGUUGCCUCCUGGUGAAGGCACCAAGAUGAAACCAAAAAAAGAAAAAAGAGAAAAAAAAAAGGGAAGAAAUAAUUUUUUUUAACGGGGAAACAAAACCAAGGGUAAUGGGUGACCAGAAAAUUGUUCUUUAAAUUUGUGCAUCAUGGCUGCAUGGAAGGG